GCAUGCGUCUUCUUUAGUAGGUCGGUGGCAAAAGGCAGUUCGCCACCACCGCCCUUAUUGCAUAAUGGCUCCCACCGCUCAUUCAUCUAGGGUCUUAGAAAUCGACUUGAUCAAUGCACAAGACUUGGCCCCUAUGUCCAAAUCUAUGAAGACCUACGCAGUAGCGUGGGUAGAGCCAGAUCCAGAGCGAAAAUUGGCCACAGGUGUCGAUCAAAUGGGUCACAUCAACCCCAUGUGGAAUGAUCGGUUGAUGUUUCGAGUGGAUGACAAGUUUCUCCACUGUGAAGAUGCAGAGAUUGUCAUUGAGAUCUAUACGGCAGCAUGGGUCAAAGAUGCGUUAAUUGGCUAUGUUCGUGUCCUCCUCAAUGAUCUCUUCAGGCUGCGCUCUAGCCGUGAUACCAAAGUCAAUAACUCCACAAUGCGUAUCGUUUCGCUUCAAGUCCGUCGCCCUAACGGUCGCCCACAAGGUAUGCUAAACAUGGGUGUCGCACUUCUAGAAAGCACCAUGCGUAGCAUGCCAAUCUACACCGAAUUAAGUGAAUCUUCUUCCAUUGAUUACACCUCCAUUGACGAGUCCAAAGGUUCCAAUAAAACCAAGCACAAUGAUAACAAGAAUAAGAAAAAUCAAAACCGUAAAAAACAGAAUGGGACCCCCAAACUCUGUCGUUCACAGAGUGAUCGAACGGAUCUAACCACAGACGAAUAUGCACGUAACAUUGGUUCAAUUAUAAAUGGGGGAUCGAUUGUGAAUGCAGGAUCAUCAGUCGUUAAUGCGGAAUCUAUGUGCAACGGUUCCAUGGUAAAAUGCGGCGGAAGUAUGGUGAAUGGAGAGUCCCUUUGUAAUUCUGAUGUAGGGCCCUCGGCAUCUGUAGUGGCGGCUGCCAUAGCUAAGGGAUUGUUGAGAUCACCAAUACAAGAUGAUAAACCAUCGGAGGCAAAGACAUUGCUAAAGGAGUGGACAAAAAAGGAGAAACAAGAAGACCUAAGCAUGAAGCUAGAGAGAUGGCGGCCGGAUAUCCCGCCACUGCCAAAUCACCAAUACAGAAGUGUAAACUUGAGCAAGCGAAGGAACUCACACAAAAAGAAGGACAAUAGAGGGCUUUUCUCAUGCUUUGGAACUGUCUUUGGGUGUGAGAUAUCGAUCACAUGUGGUGGAGCUAGCAAGAGGAAGAAGAGGCAUGGAAGUGGGAAGAAAAGGAAUGGAAAUGGCAAUAAUAAGGUUUGUCACCUUAGCUCUGUUGAAGAUAAUUAUAGCCAAUCUUACGUUUGAUUCAUUAAUACAAAAUGUGAAGGAUUCUGCCAUGACCAAAGAGCUGCAAAUUUCUCUUUUCUCUCUACUAUGAUGAUUGUUGCCAAGUGAUGACCUUUAUAGUUGUAAUAUCUUGUCAAGUACUAAUUAAAGUUUUUCGUGUACAAAUAUUAAAACAUGUGUAGAUUGUCCUAGUUUAAAGUAGGAUUUAAAGGGCAUGCAGGCUAUUAGCCCAGUUGUUUCUAGGCUGCACUACUGGGCAAUUGGCAUGGGCUUUUUGGCCAUAAAUUGUCAUGGGUUCAAUCCUCAACCCUUAAUAGACAUGUAUCUCUAUU